AGGAGGACCUGGGGCACCGUAUUCUGCGCUGUAAAAUUAGUUUCGUUAUGUUUAAAACGAUUGAAAUCCAACAUUUGCAUCCCUUCGGAUCGCAAAUCCUCUCCUCUUUGGUUGCAGGUGGUGCGACCUCGGAAGGGACAAGGUGGCAUUCAGCGGUGACAAGCGGCAACUGCUUGCACUUAUUUAGACCUGAGCGCAACAACGUCAGACAGCGUGAGCGCAGCGGAAGAUUGUGAGAGAUUCCGGAGAGGACCAAUGAACAGGUCUCGACCCCUUGUAAUGACGUAUUUAGAAGAGGACUAUCAGCUCCGCCCUCUUAACCUACCCGCGGGGGAGAGGAAUCCGUAGCAGAAAACCACGAGCGAAAGCGCCUGGCGGUCCAGAGACCGGAAGAAGAUUUUACGAAGAGCCGUAAAGCACGUUCCUCUCCGGUUCACGACAUCAGCUGCGACCGUCUCCUCCGGCCUUCCUCCGGUAAGCGCCUUUGCCGACCCUCGCGAAUUCACUUCUUUCCUCAUUCCGGGACCUUCCCUACUGUCGCCCCAGUAACGUUGGAUCAUGUUCAAGAAAUUUGAUGAAAAAGAAAAUGUGUCCAACUGCAUCCAGUUGAAAACGUCAGUUAUUAAGGGUAUUAAGAACCAGUUGAUAGAGCAGUUUCCAGGCAUUGAACCAUGGCUUAAUCAAAUCAUGCCUAAGAAAGAUCCGGUCAAAAUAGUGCGAUGCCACGAACACAUAGAAAUCCUUACAGUAAACGGAGAGUUGCUAUUUUUUAGACAAAGAGAAGGGCCUUUUUACCCAACUUUAAGGCUACUACACAAAUACCCUUUUAUCCUUCCACGUCAGCAAGUUGAUAAAGGAGCCAUCAAAUUUGUACUCAGUGGAGCAAAUAUCAUGUGUCCCGGCUUAACCUCUCCUGGAGCGAAGCUUUACCCUGCUGCGGUGGAUAUGGUUGUUGCAAUCAUGGCAGAAGGAAAACAGCAUGCCCUGUGUGUUGGAGUUAUGAAGAUGUCUGCAGAAGAUAUUGAGAAAGUCAACAAAGGGAUUGGCAUUGAAAAUAUCCAUUAUUUAAAUGAUGGGCUGUGGCAUAUGAAGACAUAUAAAUGAAUCUCAGAAGGAAAACGCUUGGGCUAAAUAUGGACAUUGUACUGUGUCUGUGUUUGUGUCUGUGUGUGACAGCCUGAAGACAAUACUUCUGUGGUUAUACUGAAUAAAUUCAACAGAUGCUCCAAAAAAAGUAAAGAUUUGGAAUGA